AGAUGUCAUUUGUCUGCUAGGAAAAUAAUAUGUAAUUCCAUUUUUCAUUGAAUUUUGGCUAUAUUUUGUCAUACUCAUUAUAAUUAUGGAAAGUUAAACAAAAAUAAAUGGAAAUAUGAUGAAUGCAUUUUUUUCAUAACAUCCAAAGUUCAAUUCAUUCUAGAUUAUUUUUAUUUCUAGCUAACUGAAGAGGACUAAUUUUUUCUACAAACAAUAUAACAACACACAAACUCAAGAUGCCACAACAUGAAGACAAGAAGAAAGUGCCACAAGAUUUUUAUUUCCUUAAAAUCAUCGGAGAAGGAAGCUAUAGCACCGUUUAUUUGGCAUUGGAAGUUGAAUCUAAGAAGGAAUAUGCAAUAAAAGUUUUGAAGAAGAGACAGAUCAUUCGUGAGAACAAAAUGGAAUAUGUCAACAGAGAAAAGAGAUCUUUGCUGAAAUUGGGAGGUUCUAAGUAUUUUGUUCAUUUAUAUGCGACUUUUCAAGACUCAGAACAUCUCUAUUUUGUGUUAUCCUAUGCUCGCAAAGGGGAACUCCUCACCCAUAUCAUUAGUCACCGGUCAUUCAAACUUGAAUGGGUGGAAUAUUAUGCUGCAGAAUUGCUUCUAGCCCUGGAACACAUGAAAUCAAAGCAUAUCAUUCACAGGGAUUUGAAGCCAGAAAACAUAUUAUUUGAUAGAAACUGGCAGAUAAUGGUGACAGAUUUUGGUAGUUCCAAAAUAGUUGGAGAAGAAGACACUGUGAAAGAACCUAAUGACUCUAAUACUAGAAGAAGGAAAAACAGUUUUGUAGGUACUGCCCAGUACGUUAGUCCAGAGGUGUUACAUGGAGAGGAACCAAAGUACAGCGCUGAUCUUUGGGCUUAUGGUUGUGUAAUAUAUCAGAUGAUUGUGGGAAAGACACCUUUCAGAGCAGGAAGCGAAUUCUUAAUUUUCCAAAAAAUAACAAAUUUAGAUUACCAGUUCCCCGAAGGGUUCGAUAAGACUGCCAGGGAUCUUGUGGAGAAACUGCUCGUUAUAGUUCCUGAGGACAGAUUGGGUGCGAAAGACCCCACCUCUUACACCAGUAUACGAGAACACCCGUUCUUCGGAAAUACAAAUUGGGAUAAUUUAGGGCCCGCUCCUGAACUAUCCCUGUCAGAAGGCUGUGAUAAAGACAAUUUCGUGAUCCCCACCGGCCUGGAGCCAGGGUUGUCGGACGAAAUCCUAGCUCAAUUGCAUCUCAACAUGCUCGCCCUACCGUCCGAAUCUCAGGUUGUAUUGAUGGAACCCCAGACUAGAAAAAAAUCAGAGCCCAAGAGGAAGCUGACCGAUCUCACUCGGGACGAGAUAGAGGAGAGGCUGAAGCUGCAGAAGGACGACGAGUACUUCCCGUUUGUCGAGGGGAACUUGAUUCUGAAACGGGGUAUUCUGGAGAAGAAGAAGGGUACUUUCGGUUUCGCCAGGAAACGGAUGUUCCUGUUGACCCUUGGACCUCACCUUUAUUAUGUGGAUCCCAACACGAUGACAUUGAAGGGGGAAGUGCCCUUCAGCGAGGAUAUGAAGACUGAAGCUAAAAAUUUUAAAGUAUUCUAUGUACAUACGCCGAAUAGGAUAUACUACUUGGAGGAUCCUACAGGAUAUGCACUAGAAUGGUGUAAAGCAAUAGAUGAAGUUAUUACACACUAUUUUCCCAAAAAAAAUUGAUUGAAUCCUCGAAAGUGUUCCGUAUCUCUAGUUUUCCUAAUUUAUUUAUACCAUAUUUAAUUGAUUCAUCAAAUAUUUUUUUAUUGUACUUUAUUUAAACUUAUGUUGAUGGCUAAUGUACAAAUAAUAAAACAAGUAAUUAGCCUAA